UGGCUGCUGGCAGGAUGGACACCUGGGAGGAGGUGAUUUGGUCCAAUGGCAGCACGACGCUGCCCCCACCCCUGGCGCCAAACAUCAGCAUGCCUCAUCACUGCUUAUUGCUACUCUAUGAAGAUAUUGGCACCUCUAGGGUUCGAUACUGGGACCUCCUCCUGCUCAUACCCAAUGUGUUCUUCUUCAUCUUCCUGCUCUGGAAGCUUCCACUCGCUCGGGCCAAGAUCCGCAUCACCUCCAGCCCCAUUUUUAUCACCUUCUAUAUCCUGGUGUUUGUGGUGGCACUGGUAGGCAUUGCCCGGGCUGUGGUGUCCAUGACGGUCAGCACCUCAGAUGCUGCUACUGUUGCUGACAAGAUCCUGUGGGAGAUUACUCGCUUCUUCCUGUUGGCUAUCGAGCUGAGUGUGGUCAUCCUGGGCCUGGCCUUUGGCCACUUGGAGAGUAAAUCAAGCAUCAAGCGGGUGCUGGCCAUCACCACCGUGCUGUCCCUAGCCUACUCUGUCACCCAGGGAACCCUGGAAAUCCUGUAUCCUGAUGCCCAUCUCUCAGCUGAGGACUUUAACAUCUAUGGGCAUGGUGGCCGCCAGUUCUGGCUGGUCAGCUCCUGCUUCUUCUUUCUGUUGUGUGGAUGCCACCACCUUCCUCUACUUCAGCUUGUUUGCACCACUCAUCUAUGUGACCUUCCUCCGAGGCUUUUUUGGCUCAGAGCCCAAGAUCCUCUUUUCGUACAAAUGCCAAGUGGAUGAGGCGGAGGAACCGGACAUGCACCUGCCCCAGCCCUAUGCAGUGGCCCGGCGGGAGGGCCUGGAGGCCGCGGGAGCCAUGGGAGCCUCUGCGGCCUGCUACUCGAGCACACAGUUCGACUCAGCAGGAGGUGUUGCCUACCUGGAUGA